GUUCCUUAACCUGCUCAGCAGGAGGUGGAUUUCUUUCAGUCUGCUGCUCUCUGUGGACACACUGACAUCUCUGUGACAUUAUACAUGCCAUGGCGUCUCAACUGAUGAGCCUGUGUGACGAUGACAGCCGCUAUCAAAAAUCCUUCAGUUAUUAUCUGGAGUAUUCACGUGAACAUGAAAGCGUGUGCAGUUUCAUCCACAACAUCCUGCCAGACCUACUGGCCAGCAUUGGAGAAGGAAAAUCUCAUCUGAAUGUCAUUGGAGUUGGCAGUGGUGCUGGUGUGCUUGACCUAGAGAUGCUCUCUGAGAUCCAUCAGAAGUUCCCAGAUGUGACCGUGGAUAAUGAGGUGGUGGAGCCGAGCAGCCAGGAAAUUGAAAAGUACAAAGCUUUGGUGUCACAGAAACCAGGUUUAGAUCACAUAAAAUUUACCUGGAACACGAUGACUGCCUCUGAGUUUGAGGAGCUCUGGAAAGAGAAAAAGGUGACCAAAAAGGCAGACUUCAUCCACAUGAUCCAGAUGCUGUAUUAUGUGAAGGAUCCUGAAUCAACCAUCACCUUCUUUCAGAGUCUCCUUGAAAAGAACGGGAAGCUUCUUCUCAUUCUUGUCUCUGGUGAGGGUGGCUGGGAGAAGUUGUGGAGGACCUACUAUGAUGAGCUGUGUAAAAGUGAUAUCAGUCAGUGGGUGACCUCAAGACACAUCAAAAACUUCUUGGACUCCAAGGGACAGAGCUACCAGAGCUAUGACCUGCCAUCUGAAAUAGACAUCACUGAGUGUUUCUCUGAGGGAGACGAGAAGGGGGAGCGACUGCUUGAUUGUCUAACCGAAGUGGUCGACUUCAGUAAGACGGCCUCUCCUGAGCUCAAAUCUGGCGUUUUGGCCUUAUUGCAGCAUCCAGACUGCAGCACGGAGUCUGAUGGCAGAAUUAUCUUCAACAGCAGCAUGGAAGUGCUCAUCAUUGACCCUCUGAGAGCCUCUUGAGAUAUAUGUAAACAAGCUAAAAUAUUGAUCACAAGGGCUUUUCAAUUUUAAAAUCAAAUAUCCGCUCAAUCCGCAACACAGAUCAGAUGUGGAUCAAACUUACAGUUGUGCUCACAAGUUUACAUACCCUGGUAGAAUUUUUGUUUUUUUUUUGGCCAUUU